AUGGCUACCGGAUGCAAGAACGCAUCAACCAGCAUUCCGGGCCCAAUGGCGGAUCCUCGGUUGAAUCGAUCAACAACACGGGAAAGUCGGUCUACUUCUAAAGUAGUUGGUAUAUACGGAGUUCCCGGCUCCGGCAAGACUUUUCUGUUAGACCAGCUGAAGCAAGAACUCGGGCAAGAUCAUUUCGAGUUCUACGAAGGCUCCAACAUGAUUGCCAAUCUUGUUCCUGGCGGUCUCGGCGCAUUCCAGAAACUAGACGAGCAAGAGAAGCUGCAUUGGCGCCAGCUUGCCAUCAACACAAUUGGAAAGCAAUGCGCCGACAGCGGACGGGUUGCAGUCGUCGCAGGACAUUUCAUGUUCUGGCCCAAGGAGGAGGGAGCUGGACAACCAGUGUGCACUCCAGCUGACCUAGACAUCUUCACACACAUCCUGUACUUGGACGUUCCUCCCGAACUCAUAGCACAACGUGUUCUGGACGACACGGAAAGAAGUCGUGCGCUUCCAUCCAUCAACCAUUUACACAAGUGGCAGCAGACCGAACAGACCCAGCUGCGCCACCUCUGCCGCCAUCAUGGGAUUUUGUUCUCCCUCGUUUUUCCGCACCCGACCUUGCUGGAAAAAGUCUCGACGCUGCUACGCGAUUUUCGGCAUCAUACCGAGGAAUACAACCUGGCUUGCGCCGAGAGCAGGAUUGACGAGGUCCUCGUCGCCGGCGGGGGACAGCUGGAGACGGUGUUGGUCAUGGAUGCCGACAGGACGUUGGUGGCAAAGGACACUGGUGCGUUGUUCUGGAAGACGGUCUCCAACUCUCGGCGGUCGAGGGACGAGGAAUGUCCGCUGAAGACGUUGUUCAGCGGCCCACUGGGUUACUCGUACACUGCUUUUCGCCAGGCCGCUUUGCUGUAUGAAGAAGCGGUCAUGGACGAAGAGUUUAAUGUCCUUUGCGAUGAAGUAGCAUCGACGAUGACUAUUCAUCCCGAGUUUGUGUCGCUGUUGCGACUAGCAGAGGAGCGAGAGCAUGUUGUCGCGGUGGUUGUUACCUGUGGCAUACGUCACGUCUGGGACAAAGUUUUGGAGAGGGAAGGUCUAUCCAAGACGGUAAAAGUCAUCGGUGGAGGACGUGUCGCAGACGGGUUCGUUGUUACUGCUGCAGUGAAAGCCGCCGUGGUCGCCCGUUUGAGAGACAUCCACCACAUGCACGUUUGGGCGUUUGGAGACAGUGUGCUGGACUUGCCAAUGCUGAGCAAGGCAGAUCAAGCUAUUGUUGUGGUUGGCGAGGAGGAGACUAGGAGCAAGACUAUGGACGAGGCAUUACUAAACGCCAUCGACAAUGACGGUCUUCGAGCACGACAAACUUUGAUACCUGGUAAUGUGCCCCCACGUCUGGACACAACUAAACUUCCACUAGUCCAGCUCGCCGACCCUAAGUUUAUCGAUUCUCUUAUCCACCAGCGUACUCGACAUCCUCUCCAAGUACUCCACGCAACAGACAGGGGCGCUGCUAGGCUGCUCAUGACGCCGAUGCGCGAUGCAACGGUUGCCGGCCCGGCCCUGCGGGAAGCCCAUCGCCGUGUCGGAUGGUAUCUGGCCACUGAGUUCUUGACGGAAAUGAUUGGGUUGGAGGAAUAUCAAAUUCCGCAUGUACAGGGCCACCCGACCACUGGCUAUCGGCUUUGCCGCGAGGAGAAUACAUCGAUUGUGGCGCUGAUGCGCGGUGGAGAAGCUAUGGCUCUCGGCGUCAAUGACGCCUUCCCGCGCGCGAUGUUUGUCCACGCAAAACGCCCCGAGGACAUUGAGCCCAAUCACCUGCGGCAGCACACCGUCGUGCUGGUCGAUUCAGUGGUGAACAGUGGCAAGACGGUAGUGAACUUCGUGAAACAUAUCCGAAGUCUGCAUGCCACUAUUCGAAUUGUAGUUGUUGCCGGCGUCCUCCAGGCUCAGUCAGUUUCCGAGGGCAGUCCUGCACAUGCACUCGCCCGUCAUGCGGAUUUCAGUCUUGUUGCACUCCGCCUCUCUGACAACAAGUUCACUGGCAGAGGAACCACAGACACUGGCAACCGCCUAUUUAACACGACACAUCUUCCCUGA